AUGGUAUUAAACAUCUGCUACACAGUGUACAUACAGAUAAGCAAGACGUACAUUCUCAUGAUUCCUCCAUUUUUGGGUAAUUUAAUUAACUUAAUCCAGUUUAAUUCUUCUUACACCAGGUUGUUUGAUAUUCUUGGCUGGAAGAGAAGUGAAAACAUCUCUGAGGUUUCACGAUUUGUACUUCUGGGUCUGUCAUCUUCCUGGGAGCUGCAGUUAUUUCUUUUCCUAACAUUUUUAUUGAUUUAUGUUGUUAUUGUCCUGGGAAACCUCCUGAUAGUCAUGGUGGUACAGGCUAAUGCUCACCUGCUCCAGUCACCCAUGUACUAUUUCCUAAGCCAUCUGUCUUUCAUUGACCUGUGCCUGAGCUGUGUUGCUGUACCCAAAAUGCUAGGAGAUUUCCUGCAGAAGGAGAAGACAAUAUCCUUUUCAGGAUGCCUGGCCCAGAUAUUCUUUCUUCACUUUCUGGGAGCCAGUGAGAUGUUCCUACUGACUGUAAUGGCCUAUGACAGGUAUGUUGCCAUAUGCAACCCUCUGCACUACCUGACAGUCAUGAAUAACCACCUGCGUCUUCAGUUGGUGUUUGCCUGCUGGUGUGGAGGUUUCAUCCACUCUAUCACACAGCUCAUAAUUGUCAUCCAGCUGCCUUUCUGUGGCCCCAAUGAACUGGACAACUUCUACUGUGAUGUCCCCCAGGUUAUCAAGCUGGCCUGCAUGGACACUUACUUGGUUGAGGUGCUGAUGGUCUCUAACAGUGGCAUAUUAUCUCUUGUCUGCUUCUUGGUUCUGCUCUUCUCUUAUGCUCUCAUCCUGCUUACUCUGAGAACUCACCUUCAUCGGGGCCAGAGCAAGGCACUGUCCACUUGUGCCUCUCACCUGACAGUGGUCAGCUUGAUCUUUGUGCCUUGUGUAUUCAUCUAUUUGAGGCCAUUCUGUGCUUUCUCUGUGGAUAAAGUGGUCUCUGUGUUUUAUACAGUAAUCACACCUAUGUUGAACCCCCUUAUCUACACACUCAGAAAUGCAGAUAUGAAGCAAGCUCUAGAAAAGUUGAGAAGGAAGCGUGAUAUCCCAUUGCCUUGUUAA